UAUGAAAUCAUUGAUGAUUUCCAGUACAAAGGGUCCGACUAGAAGUCAAAUCAAAUGUCUCAAAUGGUUUUCCAAAGAUCACAGUUGUACGAUAUUCCCCUGUCACCGUCCACACCGAAUAAGAGAACCUCUAUAUAUACUUUUCCUUCUCAUGAAGCGGCUCUUUCAACACUCACACUUCACACUCAAAACCUUCCAUACUCUCCACUGAAAACCCUAAUUCAUUUUUCUCCAUGAAGAACCAAUCAUAAUUUGAUUGAUUUAUUGAGAAGAGAAAGUAUUCGAAGCUUUCGUUUCAGAAAUUGAAGCAAAAAAGGGGGAAAAAUCGGCGUUAAUGGAGGUUUCUGUGAAGGAAAACGAAUUUGUGGUUUUAUCGAUUUCGGAGGUUUCAUCUUCUUCAUCUACUUCGUUUUCGAAAGUGGAACCGGUUUUUGCUCGGUUUGGUUCCGGUUCUGGAGUUCCGGAGCUCCGAUUUACCCAGGAGUCUCAAUCCGGUGCCGACAUUGUGUUCGAUCUUCGAGCUUCGCAGUUAUUCAGGUUAGGACCUGCAGAGUCUCUGUUCUUAUCUGAAGUUUUUGAAGACAAUAAGGAGACAGGCUAUUCCAGGGGAAUCUCCAUUCAAUUUAAAAACAAGGAGGAAAGUAGGGCCUUCCAUUGCGCAUUUGGGCAAUGGAAGACAGAAGUGGUUGUUCAAGGGCCUCCUCUGCCAAAUGGAGCAGUAUCAACUUCAACAAGUAAAUUUGAUGAAAAAAUAGAGGCAUCUUCUGCUAAAAUGUAUUUUCACUACUAUGGGCAACUAUUGCAUCAACAAAAUAUGUUGCAGGAUUUUGUAAGGACAGGAACCUAUUAUGCUGCUGUAAUUGAGAACCGUGCUGAUUUUCUUGGUCGUGUAGUGGUUGAUGUUGGAGCUGGUAGUGGUAUUUUGUCAUUAUUUGCAGCUCAGGCUGGUGCAAAGCAUGUUUAUGCCAUAGAGGCAUCUGAAAUGGCCGAAUAUGCUAAAAAGCUUAUUGCCGGAAAUCCAUCGUUGAAUGAGAGAAUUACAGUAAUCAAAGGAAAGGUUGAAGAAGUAGAGUUACCUGUGAAAGCCGAUAUCUUAAUCUCUGAGCCAAUGGGUACUUUGUUAGUUAAUGAAAGAAUGCUGGAGUCUUAUGUGAUUGCAAGAGACCGGUUUCUAGUUCCAAAUGGAAAAAUGUUUCCUGCAGUGGGAAGAAUACACAUGGCACCAUUCAAUGAUGAAUAUUUGUAUAUGGAAAUUGCAAAUAAGGCUAUUUUUUGGCAGCAACAGAGCUAUUUUGGGGUUGAUUUGACACCCUUGCAAAGAUCUGCAUAUGAAGGAUACUUUUCUCAGCCAGUGGUUGAUGCUUUUGAUCCAAGGGUAUUGGUAACUCCUGCAAUAUCUCAUGUGAUCAACUUCACUUCCAUAAAGGAAGAAGAUCUAUAUGAAAUUGAGAUCCCAUUGAAAUUUUCGUCUUCUAUAAGCACUAGAAUUCAUGGGCUGGCUUGCUGGUUUGAUGUACUAUUUAAUGGAAGCACUGUACCGAGGUGGCUGACUACUGCUCCUGGUGCACCUACAACUCACUGGUAUCAGCUUCGGUGUGUAUUGUCACAGCCACUUUAUGUCAUGCCAGGACAGGAGAUAACUGGCCACUUUCGCCUGGUUGCCCAUAAGGCACAAAGUUAUACGAUUUACCUAACAUUGUCAGCUACUGUUGGAGAUAUGCUCCAAACUUCCUCUGGAAAACUUGAUCUGAAGGAACCAUAUUACCGGAUGUCCCAACCACAAGUAUAUUCAUCGGCACAAGAUCAACAACCUAAUCAGCUAUUGCAAACGCAGGAUGUACCAACACAAUCUUGGGUUGAAGAUGGCUCAGUCCCAGUCCAACAACCUUCUCCAAAUCAUGGCGCAGAGCUACAUUCACUUUGAUGGUGAUAUCCAAGUUAAGGGAUGUGCAUCUCGAUAAUCCCCCUCUUUGUAUUAUUAGAGUGCUUGGCUAAGCUAAAGAAUGCAAAAUUUUAAUCCUGCCAAGUUCUGACUUAUCCAUUCUCCCCUUGCGUUAGGAUUGCUUGUAAAUCGUUGCUCAUGUGCAAUUAUCUUCCUAGUUUCAUGUACUAUUUAUUAUCUUUCAUUAGCACUUUCAACCUGACAAUGUAGGAUGCUUUUGUAUCCAGCUUGAUAUAAAUGGCUAUUUCAGCUGUGCAA